AUGAACAUUCUAAAGAAUCAGCUAGGCGGCCAAAGCAAAGAAACACAGUCUACAGCAGGGUCCGGUGGAGGAUUAAUGGACAAAGCCAGCGGCGCGUUAGGGGGGGGACAAGCUGGAGAAAAAAACGAAGAUUUGCUGGACAAAGGCGUAGAUUUGGUACAGGAGAGGGUCCUGGGUGCAGGUCCUCAGGACAACGAAAGCCCUAUUGAACAAGCGAAAGAUGAACAAAUCUCCGAUGCCAUUCGACGCGGUUACAAGGGUGCGACAGGCUCCGACUUUCCAAUUAAAGACAAGUAG